GUCACAAGUGAAGCAUUCAUUCGGUUCCAUUCAAUCGAUUCUAUAUAUCUAUAAACAACCUUACAAUGCAUCAGGCCUUUACAAGAAUAGAAGCUGGAGAUCAAAAUUAUUAUCUUCUCACGAAUCUAUUUGAGGGGGGCAAAAAUGGGCUCGAUCUGACAGUCUGCAACGGUGAACAAGUCUGGCGCGAAACAGGUAAGGUUAUUACAAGACAAGACAAGACAAGACAAGACAAUGCUUUAUUUGGAGUCUUAUACAGUCCUAUGUACAUCGACUUUAUCCAAAUAAUUUACAUAUACAGUGCCUUGUAGAAAUUUAUGAGCAAUGUCAGCGAUGUCAGCAGCAUUCUCUUGGGUUAGCAGCUGCUUGAGUUCACUGAAAAUAGCGUUUGCCUUGUACUACAAUGUACUCUCGAGGGGACUCCAUAUGAAAUGGGCGGGGAUGCUCUUCGGAAAUUUGAAUGAAAACCCUUAAGCUGCCUAAAGGUCAGCCUGAGCGUGGCCCAACCUUUUGUUUUUACCCUAAAAGAGACAGUUGUAAAUCUAAAUUGCAUGAAUCGAGUAAAGUAUAUAAUUUUUAUACAUAUUUUCUUCACGUGCAACCCUAAAAGAGACAACGAGCAUCCCGCCCCUUUCAUAUGGGAGUCCCACCCCAGGAGGUAGACUUCGUUGGUUGCAAGAGCAAGUAGGCUUGCAAUAUAACCUGCCAGUCUCACCAAGUAAAUAUUCAAGGUUGAAACCUUGUUCUGUGUAAAAUGCAAUCAGUCACAUAUGUAUUUGUUUUCAUUAUCAUUAUCAUUAUCAUUGUCAUGGCAUUAUUAUGACAUUAUUUGUCGUCAUUAUCAUUAUCCGUAAAAGCUGCAUCUAUGAAUGCAAUGAUCCUCUUCACAUUUAAUCCUUCAUUCUGCUGUUUUUAAUGUAGAAUUUUCACAUACAUCUCCAUCAUUUCAUCUCCAUCCUUUCACGGUUUUUUUUGAAUCAGCUACAAUAACAUGACCAGCUCCCAGUUGUACAUAUAUGUAUUGUUUUAAUAAUAGCUCAUCUGGUAGGGCCUUGCACUCCGAGUAGGGAGUCUGAGAAAAUUUUGAUCCAAUCUCAAGUUUGUGGAUGUGUUUGUGAUGUGUCUCUCAAAGUCUUGUUUUUGGAUGUUCCUUAGAGACAUUACCAGGGUCUUGGGUGUCUCUAUAUAUUUAUAUUACCAUUUGUCAAUUAAACGCAACAUGUAUUUAUUCAUAGGCCACCUUUGAUCUCCUUCUUAACUUAAAUGUAUUUGAUGUCUAAUUAUUUAUCAUCUACAUGUAUGUAUACAACUCUACUUAAAGUUGAUGCAGGAACUGUAGAAUCAAUGGCCCAGACUGCAGACAUGAGUAUAGCUGAAUUUGCUGCCCAGACAAGAAGAGCUUUAACGGGACAGUCAACAGGACAAGAUAAUUUUGUUUAUCAAGUUAAGAUUCAUGGAAUUCAUUUACAGGUUGGUCUCAUUUUGUGCUUACAGUAAGGUAUAUUGGUGACCCUAAUUCCUAGCACCAAAUGAUUCUUCCUACUGAUCUCCAUACAUUUCCUUGAAGAACCAGUGAGAGAAUUUGUUUUUAGGAUUUUCACUCAGCUGAUCAUUUUAUUAAUUCUCCUAACCUAUUCUCUUGAUUAUCUAUUGAUAUAUCAGGAGAAAAUUGAUGUUGGUUAUUCUUUGGACUUAAAGGGUUAACACUUAUUGACAGGUAGUCCUGUUUACCUCAACAGUUUUCUUGGAAGAAGCAUAUUGGAGAUGGCAUCAAGGUAAAGAAUACCAAGAGAGCUUUUUUUUUCAGAACUCAGUUCACGAUGAACAUUGUAAAUCUCAUCUCAUCAAAACCUCAAAACUUGUGCCUUUCAUGCAUGAGGGAAUGCCACGGAAUUGAUCAGUUGCCACAAAAUUUGUUUCAUAUGUAAUUCGCAUUUUUGCAAGCUUUUAUAAGAUAUGAAAUAUUAAUUUUCAUUCUACAUGUUCAAUUUUUAGUUUCAGCUGGGAUCACUGAAAUUGUCCAAAGUUGAUCAUAGUGCUGUUGUAGUGAAAAACAUUUUUGACCUAGCAGUGGAUCAAAUGGCAAAACUAAAGGUAUAAAAUGUUUUAAGGUGACAUCAUGGUGACCAUAUUGUUUGAUUAGGGCUAGAAUUUCCUUGUUACUGAAUGAUGUCUUAAAUGUUCUGUGUUGGGGGAGUUAUGGUACAGUUUCAGGCAAAAUGAAGUGUGAUAUAGCCAACUGCAGUUGUUGCAUGCAAAAAAAACAAACAAACAAAAAAAGAAAAACAAGCUCUGUACAAAUGAGUACAUUAAUUUUUUCUUCCACCUCAUAUCUUUUUCUAUGUAAUUUGCUUCUCAUUUAAGUACAAGGUAGAGUGACAAUAUGCAGCUAAAGUGUAUAGUAGGUGUUUAAUUAAUUAUUGUUGCAUGUAAUUGUAGUCUGCCUAUAAUUUUUUUUCUUUUUGGGCAAAUCAACAGCCUAGGGCAAAUUGAGUGUCCAGAGCGAGCGCAAGAUUGCAGUGAAUACAUCCCCCACUGUUUUUAUUUUUCCUAUGUGGGCUCAAGAUCUCAAAAGAGAAAAUAGAGGGUCUGUGAACAGGCUAGUGUUAUUGUUUUUCUUGUCAUUUUCGAAAGGAUACAGUACUAUGUAAGACAGAUACAUGUACACUAUAUUUAAAGACAUUCAAAUUAAUGUGUUCUUAAUGUGGUUGUUUGUUUUUAAUUUCUCUUCUUAGCAAGAAAUGUCAUCAUUGAGGUCAGAUAAUGAAAGGCUUUCUUCAGAGAGGGAAGAUGCUUUGAGGGUUUGUUGAUCUCAGCCUUUUUAUACAUGUAGUGGUAAUUCUAAACAUUCUAAUUUUAUAGUUGCGUUUACUGAUGAGAAAUGAGAACUUUCAAAUUUUGAAGUCCAACAAUAAGGCUGGGGCAUCCAACCAAAUUUUGGAGGAUUUUUGCAUGUAAGGUACAAAAUUAUUAAUAUAAUUAUCUUUUGAGUUACUAAACUACAUUUAGACAAAACUAAUAAUACAUCAGCUGUAAACAGAUCACUGUUUGCAUGGACACUGAAAAGUUUAUAAAGCUGUAUAUUGCUGGUAAUCAUUGGUAUUAUUUUUAAUGCUACAUUUAUCAUUCAAUUUAUAUGUACAUGUAUAUUCUUGAUACAUAAUAGCUUUUUAUUUCACUGAUUAAUGAAGAAAACUGCAUGAAAAAAUUCAUGCAGCCCAUCUAAACUUAUAUUAUAAAUUGAAGCAAUAUGUGCAAAAUAAUUUUUAUUAGUAAACUACUACCAUAACACAUUUGGCUGUUAUCCAAGGAAAGCACACGAAAAGCUGUAAAUCAUGCCACUCUCUAAUGUGCAAAUUUUUUCAAGUUCUUUCAACAUCCUCCAGGGAUAUCAAAAAGAAUUUUUGGUAUAUUCAUCAGUCAGAGGAUAAGUAUUGAUGGUAUUAACGUUUUUUCUAUUGGUUUGUUCUUUUUAAUUGUUCAGCUUCUGGAAAAGUCUGUUACAGCUAAAGAGGAAAUGGAGUUAGAUCUUUUUGGAAAGGUCAGGUUUUCAUACUUUAUGAGUCACUGAAAUUCAUUGUGCCCACAAGUCAAGCAGACCACCUGAGAAAACAGCCAACAUUUCGUAACGCCACCACUAGUUACCGCGCAAAAUGUCACUUAACCCAGAUCUGGGUAGUGCUUCUAAUUGAUUGACGCAAGUUUCCUCUGUGGCUCAACCAAUCAGAAACACUACCCAGAUCUCAGUUGGCCCGGUAUUGACGUGUAAACUUUAAUAUUAGGAUUUCUUUGUUCAUUUCUCUGGCAUCAUUCAGUAGGAAAACCAGUUGUGGUAUCGCAGAAUGUCGGCUGGUUUCUUAGGGCUAAGACUCACCUGGCAAUUGAAGGUUGCCUUACUCUCAGCCCUCUGUCGAUUAAUGAGACAAAAGGUUCAGGGCCAAAGGGCUCUUCAAAGCUGGAUUAAGGUAAUGUAGGGUUAGUGCAAAAUUUGAAGUUCAGUCAUGAAACUCUUACAAAUCAAAUUCAGUUCAAAUUCUUUUUGUCUACAAUUUUUUCAUCCGAUGCUGUACAAAGAAUUAGACAAAAUUGUGCCAGAAAAUGCCUUUGAACAAGACAAAACGAAACCCGGAUUAAAAUUUAACCCAGUCUUUGAACAGCUGGGCCCAGAAGUGUAGUUGACCAUGCCUGCUUCUUACAUUGUAUUUCUAUAAGUUUGUUGCCUGGGAAAAGUCAAUCGGAAAGUUAGCUGAUAACAAAAUCCCUUGUGAAAAAAUUGACUGCAGAUCAUAGUGUUAUUUUCGUUUAUGAAACUGACAAUAUUAUUAUCUGGUGCAUAGUGGAGUAUAUAUUAUUGUCUUUUUGUCCUCAGUUUGCUGCUGUUCUUAAUACCAAAAAAGCCAAGAUCAGGCAAUUGAAGGAGUUAGGUACGUGCUAAAUAUUGAAGUGUGUGUAUGUGUGAGGGGGGGGGAGGGGAGGGGGGGGGGCUCCUUAUAGUGCAGCUUCAAGGCAAAGACAUUUUGCUUCAGUAGAAACAAAAAGCAAACUAUAGUGCUUAACAUGAGGAAAUAUAAUUUUAACACAUUUCUGGAAAGAAAUGAAAAAGUAACUAAUUAAAGGAACAAUACUAGAUGACAUACAGUACAAAAAUUUGCAUUUAAAUAAAGCAUGCAAACUAAAAAAGGUAAAGUUUUUCACUGCUGACAUUUUCAUUUAGGGAAUUGGUUCUUUUAACUAACAGCAAAAUUUCCUUUAUCUUGCCAUUGGUAUCUGACCAUCCUCUUGCCAAAAUUUCGAAAUGGUGCCAUUUCAUGUUGUGACCUGUUUACAUGACGUGAUAUGUAGCAGAUAAGUGAUUGAUACUCGUAUUAGGUUUAAGGUGCACAGUUUUCCUGUCAUGCAAUGUAGAUUUAGUUUUACCUGAGCCUGGUGGUCCCAGCAACUUAGCCUUAAAAACAACCCUGGACAAGGCAUUUAUAUUUCCUUGUACUUAUCACUGCAGUUUGCUUUUUGUUUCUUCUAUAAUUAUUAGCUAAGAUGUCCAAAAAACAUUAGUGUAGAUCUACAUUUCACUUCAUUUUAAUAUUGAUAAAUGUGUGAGGUGUUGAACCAAAGACUGAACAGUCUGUAGAUUGAAUUGAAUUUUGCAUCCUUUUUUCCCUGAAACCCUUUUACUCCAGUCCUGAUACAUGGUUUCAAUAAGAAAUAAUCCUCCAAAAGAUAUAUUUUCGCCUUUUGUUAACUCCUACAUGUCCAUAUAGUGACAGGCACAGUGCAAAAGUUGUAUAAAAGAGUUUUCAUUUGAAUGGCAACACCGUAGGAUUUCCUUCUCAGAUUAAAAAGUUAGAGGGUGAGACAAAAACAUUAUUAAUAAUCUAGCCAUGAAGAGUACUGUUCACUGAUCACUGGUUUGUCUAUCUUAAGUCAGUGUGUUAUCAUGUAACAUCAUAGCAUUCUUCCAUUAGCCCUUCAUUUUGUUAUAUGUUUCUCAAGUGUAUUCUGAUUGGUUUAUUUUAGUGAAUGAAGCAAAAACUGCGGCGGCUGAACCUGAAAAAGGUAUGUAAUGAAUGUAUGCUGUGUUAUGGCUAAAGAUAUCUGUUGUAAUAUCUGUUGUCUACCUUCCAGGCAAUUGCCUCCUUCUGGGUCUACAGAUAUUAACACAAUAUUAAUUAGAUAUUAAUUAGAUAUUAAUUAUGUUAGGAACAACAGACAUACAGUAUGACCGACCAGGGACCCCCUUCUCGAAAGUCUCGGUAACUUUUCAGGUCCAAAGGCAAAUUUUGAAAUCAAAACCUGUUGAAUGGUAGCACAGUUCCUGGCUCAUAAACCAGUCAAUUUUGCUUCAUUAACCGAUACUUUCAUUGUGUCCUUUUCAAAAGUAUUGAAACUUUGAUUUUGAAUGCAAAUAUGGUAAACAUGAAGGCAUUUUGCGGGCCUGGAAAGUUAUUGCGACUUUCGAGAAAUGGGCCCCAGGUCACCUUUUUAGUCAGAGAAACUAGGAAAUUUGUUGGGCUUACACCGUACCAUGCAUUUAAUAUUGACUAUGCAAAUCUUCAGCUUCAAAAAUAUGAUAGUCUUUGGUGUAUUUUAUCGGUCCAGUCAUCCUGUCAGAUGGAGGGUAGACAUGGGGCUAAUUUACCCAUUUACACCUGAACCUCCUGCAACCGCCCCUAUGGAUCCUCGUCUCUUGCACCACUUGAGACAUCAUCAUUCUGUUUGAUUGGUCAUAGACAACUUUGUUUCUUCUAGUGAAGAGGGAAGAGAUCUUUCGAACCAUACCCAGAUGAGCAUGAUUCAGCCAAACAGGCCAGAGAAUAAUGUCAGGCUGCUGUCACUAAGGGCGGGGAGCCGGGGAUUUCUCCGUUAUUAUGAGCAUAACCCCUGGCUAAAAGGAUAAUGAGACCAAAAGAACUCCCUGGGUGUUCAUUUCAUUACCUAUUAAUUGCAAAUACCCGGCAACUUGAGUCCAGUACAAGAAAAAUACAGUGGGAAAAGAAAAGCAAAAGAAGCAAGAGGAGAAAUUUGCGAAGGUUGAAAUUUUGCCUUCUGCUUAUUCCCGAACUUCGGAAUCUGAUUUUUAGCAUCAGAAUCAGAAGGAAGUGAAGUUCUCGCUUUUGGGCAGUUUCAGUGCUUUUUCGCCAGGUAGUGACCAGAAAAUGGCUUGAUUAGUUUCUAAACGACUUAAGGCUUGAUGGUGUUGUUCUAGUCGUGGUUGUGGAUUUGGCAGCUCAAAACCAAAGACAUUCCCCAGGUGGUGGUAGCUGAAGAGGCGGAACAGGGAGUUGAUUUUGUUUUUCCGACCUGAUAUAAUUCAAGGUCCUGAAUUUUGAUUAUCGUGAAUGAGUGUCGACUUGUGUUGUCUCAAUUGCAGGCACCAAGGAAUGUGAUGCGAAGCCAGGCAAAAGCAAAGUUAAAUCAAAGGGAAAAUCGGCUUCCAGCAGGUAAAUACAGUAAAACUUGUAUCUAACAGUCACCCUUGGGAAAUGGUCAGGAGGGCGCGCCUUUCCCUCGUCACGCGAGUCCUGCGCUCCACGCUUGCCUUGCGCUUGUCCUUGCUUCCCUGGAAAAAGCGCAAAAAUAAAGCCUGUUCUCUGGGCCACGCUGUGAGUGGCUGCAUCGGGAGGUAAUAGAAGAUAAAUUUGACUCCGAGUGCUAUCAUAGUCGACAAAUCAACAGCUGUUAAUUUGAGAAGUGCAGGGAUCUAAACAGAAUUCGAAAGUGAAUACAGCCCAGGGGGCUCUCAACAAAUCUUUCACCUGUGAAACGUGUGAGGCCCUUCUCUGAGGUCCAAACCCUGACCCUUUUAUAUACCAUUUAUGCAGAAGAGGUACAUCUUUCCUAUACCUUUCUUUUGUUGACAAUCAUGGUACCCCUUUCACAUACCUUCACUUAGUUCAGACUACCACAUCCUUUUUGACCUCUGUAAAUACCUCGCAUGUGAUGGAAUGACCAAUCACAAUAUUAGCCUUUUCUUUAAUUUCUUGCCUGACUUUUACGUUAGUGUAACCUCUAUUAAGCAAAGUCCGCAAUUUAAACAGGAUUUACUUUCGGCAAAAGCGACAUAAGCUGCCCAUAAGAUGCUAAAAAACUGAAACGCUAACAACUUAAAGGACAACAAAAAAAACUAGUUAAAGUAGAGGUUUGACUGUGUUGAAGUAUUGAUCUACACUACUUGUAGUACAUAAUUUUAUCACUGCGUCUGGUGGAUUAUCUUAUUGCCGUGUAAAAAUGUUAGUUUAUCUUUUUGCCCCGUAUUAGCCAACAACAAUAUAACCGGCCAUCAACAGUCCUUUUUGUUGAUGCCGGCUAGAUUAAAAUAAGCCAAAAAAGCGCCCUUAUGUAAAUUGUAUCGUUAACACUUUUAAAGGCAAGAAAGUACAGAUGACGACACAGACUGCAGUGAAGCGAUGGAACAGGAUGACGUAAGUAGCUACAACACCUUUUGUUAGUGGUUUGAACGAUUUACCGUAAAUCCUCUAUUUAUUCCUCUCUUUGAUGUUCGUAAAACUUAAGCUACGGGGGGGGGGGGGAACGGGGGACAUAAAUGAAGAAAUUGUACAGGAUGUUUUUACUCACUCGGCUUAUACUAAAUGUAGUGAAUUUUUUUUCCAUUUAAGUCGCCUGCCAAAGAUUAUAUAAGAGAGACAUCGGAGAAAAACGCUACGACUACAGUGUUGAGUCCAUCGCUGUUGCUUGAAGAGGAAGAUGAGGAGAUUCAACCGACAGUUAAAAGGUUUGCAGUGAUUUAUGUUGUUUUGGAAAAGUAGUCAACGAAGCAAAGGCUAAGAGGUGUGCGUCUCUGAGAAUUAUAUUAAGCCACUACCGCUAGGUCGACUUUCCCGCAGUUGAAUUGUAAUUUAACCCCUGGUUAGUAACUUAACCAGAAAGUUUGGUUCCGUCUGUGGCGCAGGCUAAAUUGUCAUCGACUACAUCCCAGUUCAGAAAGAGAAAUGAAAGUCCCUUGUCUGUUCACGUCCUUCAUGAAAAACGCGUCGAAAGGAACUGAGUUCGCGUCGUAUUCGUGCAGUGAUAGUAGAGACCUUAAGAUACAACGUUUCCGUGUACGGGUAAAUUAGCCUUAAGCACGGGUAAAUUGCCUCUUACCUGGGAGAAACGGGUAGGCUACCGGGUAGAAUGGUUACGCCAUUAUCACAUCAGUUAAAUAAUGGUUGCCUUUUAUAAAACUACGAGGUAAAGAUGUUCGCUUACCUGUACCCUUAGGCUGAAGCGGUGUAUCUUAAGGUCACUAGGAAUAAUCAGCUUUAAAAUAAUGUACCAAAAAAGUCCGAUGCAUGUGCAGGGUUAAGCCUGUUAGACCUGUUUCAAACUUCGUGCUACUGCCGUGCUAAUCUGGCUCGACUGUAGCUCGACUGCAGCACGACACUAGCAUUACUUGGUUUCAGACGUCGUAUUUAAUUCAGUCGAAUAGAACGGCAAUUGCCGAAAACAAAACACAAAAAUAAAAAAACGGUUUAGCAAACUUUUAAAUAUAUUCUAAUGUAUUGUUAAUUUAUGAAUUGAGUUUGGUUCGGCAGUAGCGCGACGUUUGAAACGAAGUCGAGCUACUGCCGUGCUAAAGUCGAAUUUAGUUCGGCACAGCAGUAGCACGACGUUUGAAACGGGCCUUACUUUUUUGACGUGUUUGUCUCCGUCGUUAACUACAGUGUGAGGGGAUUAAGUAUAGUAUGCAGCCUGGACUAGCUUUAUGGGCACAUUUUUUCUAUUUCAAGGAUUUGAUACAAAGGCCUUGUCAAUGUUUAUACUGCUCGUGUAUUUUGAGAGUUAUGGUUGCCCGUGAUGAUUUGAGAUUUUUUCUGUUGGACACAAAAUGUCAUUUUUUAAACAAUGAACAGUUUAAAUCCUUCUUUUCUGUCAGACGUCGUCGACGAGAACCGAAGUCAAAGGAAUCUCCCGCUGCCAAGCUGAUUUUACCCAAGGUACCACCUAUAAGGAAGACACCAAGCAGUUCCUCAGGGGAGAGGUGAGAGUGACUUUGCGAAAACAGCAAUAAUCGUAUGCCGUUUGGCCUUAUCAAAUGAAUCUCACGGAUUCAUAAUUUAAUUGCAAGAAUUACAUGCGGUAUUAACAUGUAAUACGGAGCAGUAAUAAUCAGUAGAGACCUCUAGAUUCGAUAGACUGUGAGCAGUCUCUUAUUUUUCUUUGCAAAAUAACUCCACGCGUAACCCAUGCGCGCGGAAGAUGGCUGCCACACCAAUCCAAACAUCAACCUCGUUCCCAGGGAUCUUUCCUGGGAACGAGGCUGUCCAAACAUAAUUAAUUAGGGAUUUGGAGUGGAUUUAUAUCUGGUAAAAAUGGGGGUUAGAAGCGAAAUAAGAAAAACGUCUCAAUACAAGCUGAUAAGCCUACAGACGUUAUAUCAUCAUUUUAAGUACAAGUAUAAACUCUGAUUUUAAAUUUAAACGGAACAUAACAAAACGAGAUUGGUAGAGAUGCAUGCAUCUAUAACUUAACCGUUAGGGGCCUUAGAGCGGGAAUAAAAUUUCUGUAACCACGGCCAAAGCUGAACAGGGAAUUAAUUAAGCGUUGUCCGCUUCUUCUUUCAGUUCAACUUCAUCUCGAUCUCGACUUGGGAAACGAACUUCAGUUAAGUCUCCACCAGAUGCUGAUGAUUUGAUGGCCGAAAUGGAGAUGUAAAGAUCGUAGUGGAAGGCGAACGAAAGGAUGGUAUCGCUCAGCCUGCAUGAUAACAAUAACAUUUUAGGAUUUGAUAUGUACCUUAUUGGGACUUAAUUUCGCGGGUCUUAAAUUUCGCGUUUUUCGAGAUUGUAAAAAAAUCCUCGCGAAAUAUCAACACGAGAAAUUUAAUCCCAUAUAGAAAAUGAAAAUCACAGAGAAAAGGAUUAACAUGUAAGAACAACGACAUUAUACAGGAUAUGUCUCGACAAAUACCGACAUUAUUAACUAGUUUUACUGGUUAACUCCAUUUUUUAUCCUCUGUUGUGAAAUAACAUAAAUUUGCAAAGACUUCACACAUGGAGUAGAGAAUCUAGCUAACGUCUUCAAAUGAAUCGGGUAGAUUCGUACAAAAAAGAAAUAUGCGUUUUGAUUGUACAAGUUUAUCAAGAAAUUUCUGAAAGUUCAGACUUGUUGAGAUAUAAAGUGAAAUUGAGAACUCUUUUUUAACGAAAUUUAAUGCCCGUUUUCAUAUUUUGCUAUGUAAGUCUCGAAAAUAAAACCGCUCGAAAUACUGUCUCGCCCAAUCGAGAAAUUACUGAAGUACGUUUUUUCCAGCACAGCUGCUAAGGAUAAUUAGUUCAGAAUUCAGUAGAAAAAAAAGACCGUUGUGUUAAAGUUAUCAGGAUCCUGAAGUAUUAGAGUUGGUAAUAUGUUUUUCCUUCCAACUAAAGCUGCACCAUACCUCUCUCUCCUCCGUGGAAGUCUCUUUGUGCUACCAGUAGGAGGCUCGCGAGAGAGGAAAAGAGCACAGGGGACGAUGGGUCUUUUUCCUCUUCCCUUGGUCCUCUGGGAGCUUACUUUUUUUUUCAAAUAGGCCAUUUCCGAGUUGCACAAAGCCUCCGUUUCAAAGCGAAGUGCAAAGCUAUUUAUAUGAAAAUGACUUUUAUUCUCUUGCAAGUAAAACUCAUUUUCACAAGAAAGUAGGAAAGUUUUUGUACUAAGCCUCGUUUUGAAAGUGAAAGUUUUUGAACUCGGAAUGGUCUAUUGUUGUUUUAUUCUUGGAUCACCAACAGGAACUUCUACGGAGGAGAGUGGGAAGGUACUCAGUUCUUGUAAACAUGCUCAUCUGAUAUAACUAACGCUACCUUUGUCUUUGAAUUCUACUUUUAAUGCAGAUC